GUCAUGUAUCACAUUCGGAUACAAGGCUCGUUAUGAUAAAGAAGAAAGUGGCUGCUGCAUGUAGCAGGUAACGUACUGUUACACGUGGUACAUCAACAUACUCGAGGAUGGAGGAAUGUACGCACCCACAAGAGGUGGAUGGUGAAGUGCGGGUUGACAGGCAGCUUCUCUACCCCGUGGAUACAUCACCGCCCCUCCCUAGUUUGCUCAUAAAUGGUCUACAGCAAGCGUUUCAAGUAAUAACGGGAUCUCUGCCAGCGGCGGUAUUGAUUGCCAGCCUUACAGGAGCAGGAGAAGAGUAUGGGAUGAGGGCCGAACUUCUCAGCUUGUGCCUCUUUACCAGUGGAGUGGCCACAUUACUGCAGAUCUGUGUUGGAUGUAGAUUACCGGUAAUAGAAGGGCCUGCAGGGACCAUCUUGGUGGGCAUUGUUGUCAUUGUAAGUGACCCGAAACUCACUGAUGCCUCCUUGAGAGAAAGUAGACCAGGCAAUGACACGACAAUCGUUCCCUGGAAGAUGAGGAUGACGGAGAUCCAGGGCAACCUGAUGCUGGCGUCAGGAGUUCAGUUUCUUCUGGGAGUCUCGGGAACACUGGGGUUCCUCAUCCGGUUCAUCGGUCCUCUGACUCUGGCCCCCUGCGUGACUGUUCUGGGCGUGACUCUCUGUCGGUACAUGAUACCACUGUGUGAACAACACUGGGGAAUAGCCAGCUUGACAACAUUCCUAUCCAUCCUGUUCGCGGUGUUCCUCGUGAAUGUGAAAAUUCCGUUCCUGACACUCAACCAUCGGAAGUGUUCUGUGACACGAUACCCUCUAUUUCAGUUGAAUGCGAUAAUCCUGGCGGUUGCUGUGUCGUGGUUGACGUGUCACGUGCUGACCAUGACAAACACGUUGCCUAGUAACUCUACCAUUUAUGGUCACAUGGCCAGGACUGACGUCAGGAUGAGGGUCCUGUAUGAUGCACCAUGGAUCUUCUUACCUUCACCGUUUCCGUAUGGACUACCGACCAUCAGUUCUACAGGGUCGACAGCCAUGAUAACCGUGAUCCUGGUGGCGAUAAUCGAGAUGCCCGGCAACUACUCUGCAAUAUCACGUGUAGUGCAGCUGCCUCACCUCCCGGCCCACGCCAUCAACAGGGGGGUAGCGGUGAAUGGGGUCACCGGCGUCAUCAGCGGCAUGCUGGGAGGGGUCAUGUCCAGCAUGACGUAUGUACAGAGUCUGGGUGUGGUCGCGGUCACCAAGGUCGCAAGUCGGAGAGUGUUUGUGACUGCGGCCUUGAUUCUGAUGGUAGGGGGCGUCGUAGGCAAGGUAGGGGCGGUGUUCACAAUCAUCCCAGACCCUGUAGUUGGCGGGGUCAACUUGGUGGCAAUGAGCACAGUGACGGCUGUGGGCGUGUCUAUGUUAAAGUCAGUCGACCUGUCUUCCCCCAGGAACCUCCUAAUCCUGGGUAUAGCUGUCUCUCUGGGUCUCCUCCUGCCAGAUUGGAUGGCCGCCAACAAAGACCUUAUCAAAACAGGAAGCAAAGGGUUUGAUCAAGUCCUGACCGUCCUAUUGUCUAAUCCUAUGUUUGUGUCCAGUCUGUUUGGCUGUGUCCUAGACAACCUUGCUGCGGGGACACUGGAGGAACGUGGCAUGACAAAACAGGAUGACGCUGGACCGUAUGAUAAUCACGUAACAAAACAUGAUCCGUACAGGCUGCCGUACGUCACCAGAUUCAUAGAAAGGCUCCAUUGCUGUUCUUUCUUUCCUCUGUCGCCAACAUUUGACAAGGAGCCCACAUGUUGGCGGUGUGACCGACGUAGACUGAAUAUGAAUCUUGUUGAGUGAGGAUUUAGCCUUUUUAUCAGUAUUGCAGAAACAUCACGAAGGGGACAACAAAGGGACAGCAAUACUGAAGUGUACCAACAUUUUGGCAUACGACUUCAACCAUGACCACCUUCAGUAAUACACAACAGUAAAAUAUUGAGGCACUGAAGAAUACGUAUUGGAGAAGACUGAUUUCCGUUUUCGCCAAACUGAUAACAUGAGGGAAUUAUGUGUCUGCAGGUAAUGUGUGAUGUGUCUGUGAUAUGCCUUGUGUUAUGGGAGUGGGUCCGGCAAUAUGCCAGUAGUAUUGCAUCGGAGGGACACCAGAAAUCGGCAUCACAGUGUAACCGUGUGUGGAAUCAAACCUGGGACUUCGUUACAACAUACGAACGCUUUAACCACUUGGCUAUUUAGGCCUUUAGUGUGACCUUAGAAAGUGCGUAGACUUAACUUUAAGACUUGAUGACAUGUCCUUUCUUCUUAUGUGAUGGAUUUCCUUAUAUUGAAGGUAGAUAUACCACCCAACCCAUGUCUGGGAGGUCAGCUAUUACCCCCAGAUUAAUCACGGACGGAUUUCCACAAUACACAAGGUAUCCUAGACAAGGAGAUUAUGGAAAUAAUACCGUGUGGCUUCUCCAAAACUCACAGGAUUUGCGUGGACGUUUGGAAGCUCAGGAAAGACCCAAUUUCAAUUCAGUCAAAAUAUUUAAUUCUUCAACUUUGUGAACCACAACAGCAUGUCAAAGUUAGUGAAACGGAAAAAGUCCUUCAUAGUUGGGAAAUGUUGUCAGUAUAAGCAGAGACCAUAUAAUAAUCUAUUAUAUGGUCUCUGGUAUAAGUGGAUAUUGUUACAUAUCAAUCUUCAGAGGUUCAAGACAAUUGUCAUCAUAUCUAACCUGCACGGAGAGAUGUUCAUGAUUGUAUGGUCCAGCCUAAUUUGCAAGACGCCAUUUCAUUGCUUGGCUGUUCCUGAGCAUAAACAAACAAACAAAAGAAAUGAAAUAUAUAAUUUGAAUUGCAUAAAAAUUCGUGUUCUCCCGAUGUGUCAAGUAGGUCAUGUGCUGUUAUACUCGGGAACAGCUGUCGAUGUCGUAAUCCUUUAUUGACGUUGGAGUAUUUAUGUUUCUAGUCUCAUUCAGAUAAACCGCAGUAUAGCAUCACAUACAAUAGGGUAGAUUAGCAUGAACUUCAUCAACAUAAGUCAUAUUGUGUUAUGAAUACAGCGCAUUUAACAUACUUUUGGUGUCAGAAUACACUAGGUUCAAUUAGUGACAGACCAUAAAUUUGUCAGCUGACAUAACUUCAUUUGCAAACAGUUAUAUCCUCAUAUAUAUGUAUGGUAUGAGUAAUACAUAAUGCUUGGUUGCUAUGCUACCUAGUUUUCCCCAG